UCUUUCUCUCUCUAAACAAAUCCGUAUUUUUGUGUUUCUGAGUUUUUUUGUUUGUUUGUUUUUUAGUUUCCUCGCUGUGCCGCCACUGUUUUAUGCGCCUCCAUCAUCCUCUUCGUCGCCGCCUAGGGUUUCUAGGGUUUUCAGAGGGAUUUUCCGGGGCUUUCCGAGCUGGAUUCUCUCUCCUUCCUCAGGCGAAUCUCCAUGCGCCGCUGGUUCAGCGGCUUCGUUGAUUAGACGUCCUCCCAACCACCACCGCACUCUCCUCCGCCCGCUCCCCUCCUCACCCGCUACUCCUCCUUCUCCUCCUCUUCCGCGGCCGCCGCUCCCCUCUUAGCUUCUCUCGAAACCAAUAAUCCUAGGUUUUCAGUGAUUCCAUUUGGUUAUUUCUGGGCAUGGUUGUUCAAUUGAUUGCUUCUCUGUUUAUGCUCUGAGGGUUUUCGAUUUGAAUGGCAUUGGGGGAUUUGAUGGCCUCCCGGUUUUCGCAAUCCUCGGUGGUGGUGGUCUCCAGCCAGUUGGACGACUGCGCGUCCAGCCACGAUGACGGAGAUUUGAGCUCGCAGAGAAGGGAAUCAGAAACUGCCAGUAGUAGCUAUGGAAAUGCCACCGCUACCACCGCCACAAGCUUGGCCUACUUGCCCCAAACCACUGUAUUGUGUGAACUUCGGCACGAUGCUUUCGAGGCUUGCGUGCCCACCGGACCAUCGGAUAGUGGUUUAGUAUCGAAAUGGCGGCCUAAAGACCGAAUGAAGACGGGAUGUGUAGCUCUGGUAUUAUGUUUAAACAUUAGCGUUGAUCCGCCCGAUGUAAUUAAGAUAUCUCCCUGUGCCAGAAUGGAGUGCUGGAUAGAUCCAUUUGCAAUGGCUCCACAAAAAGCUCUUGAAACAAUUGGUAAAACCUUGAGUCAACAGUACGAAAGGUGGCAACCAAGGGCUCGCUACAAGGUUCAGCUUGAUCCUACGGUAGAAGAAGUGAAGAAACUUUGUAAUACAUGCCGCAAAUAUGCCAAGUCCGAGAGAGUUCUUUUCCAUUAUAAUGGACAUGGUGUACCCAAGCCAACUGCUAAUGGUGAAAUUUGGCUCUUUAAUAAGAGUUAUACACAGUAUAUCCCCUUGCCAAUUAGUGACCUCGAUUCUUGGUUGAAGACACCUUCAAUAUAUGUGUUUGAUUGUUCUGCUGCUGGGAUGAUAGUCAAUUCUUUCAUUGAGCUUCAUGAUUGGGGUAGCUCUAGCUCAUCUGGAUCUGCAAGGGAUUGUAUCCUGCUAGCGGCUUGUGAAGCACACGAGACUCUUCCACAGAGUGCUGAAUUUCCUGCUGAUGUGUUUACUUCUUGCCUCACAACUCCCAUCAAGAUGGCAUUAAGAUGGUUCUGCACACGAUCAUUACUUCAUGAAUCUCUUGAUUAUUUGCUAAUAGAUAAAAUCCCUGGCCGCCAAAAUGACCGGAAAACACUUUUGGGCGAGUUGAAUUGGAUUUUUACUGCAGUCACUGAUACGAUUGCAUGGAAUGUUCUCCCUCACGAUCUUUUCCAGAGACUGUUCAGACAAGACCUGCUAGUUGCCAGCCUUUUUCGCAAUUUUUUACUUGCUGAGCGAAUUAUGCGAUCCGCAAAUUGCUCUCCGAUCUCUCACCCACAGUUGCCUCCAACCCAUCAGCAUCAUAUGUGGGAUGCAUGGGACAUGGCUGCUGAGAUAUGCCUUUCUCAGCUUCCACUAUUGGUUGAGGAUCCUAAUGCGGAGUUCCAGCCAAGCCCAUUUUUCACUGAGCAGUUGACUGCUUUUGAGGUAUGGCUUGACCAUGGGUCUGAAAACAAGAAACCACCAGAGCAAUUGCCUAUUGUUCUUCAGGUGUUACUUAGUCAAUGCCACCGAUUUCGAGCUCUGGUUCUUCUGGGAAGAUUCCUUGAUAUGGGACCCUGGGCUGUAGAUCUGGCCUUGUCUGUUGGGAUAUUUCCGUAUGUUCUGAAGCUGUUACAAACAAUGACACCUGAACUACGACAUAUUCUUGUAUUUAUAUGGACAAAAAUUCUUGCUCUUGAUAAGUCAUGUCAGGUUGAUCUAGUGAAGGAUGGGGGUCAUACAUAUUUCAUUAGGUUUCUUGAUAGUAUGGAAGCAUAUCCAGAACAACGUGCAAUGGCUGCUUUUGUUUUAGCUGUAAUUGUCGAUGGGCAUAGACGUGGGCAGGAGGCUUGUCUUGAAGCAGAUUUGAUACAUGUUUGCUUGAAGCACCUUCAGGGUCCAACUCUAAAUGAUACACAGACAGAACCACUAUUUCUUCAGUGGCUUUGCCUCUGUCUGGGAAAGCUGUGGGAGGAUUUUACAGAGGCCCAAAUAUUUGGUUUGCAGGCAGAUGCCUAUUCAAUAUGUGCUCCUCUACUUUCUGAGCCCCAACCAGAGGUUAGAGCUUCUGCUGUUUUCGCACUGGGUACCCUUCUUGAUGUGGGUUCAGGCUCAUGUAGAGAUGGCGUUGGUGGAGAAGAAGAAAACGAUGAUGAUGAAAAGAUUAGAGCUGAAAUUAGUAUUAUUAGAAGUCUAUUAAGUGUUGCUUCGGAUGGCAGCCCUCUGGUCAGGGCCGAAGUUGCUGUUGCACUGGGACGCUUUGCCUUUGGCCACAACAAGCACCUCAAGUCAAUAGCUGCUGCAUAUUGGAAACCACAAUCUAAUUCUCUUUUGAAUUCCUUCCCCUCUUUGGCUCAUAUUAAAGGUUGUGUUGUUUCAUCUCAAAUUGGUCCACUGUUGAGAGGAACCAAUGAUAACUCAUUGGGUCGAGAUGGGAGAGUCUCCACCAGCAGCCCUCUAGCUAGUUCUGGAAUUAUGCAUGGAUCACCAUUGUCUGACGAUUCAUCUCAUCAUUCUGAUUCUGGAAUAUUAAAUGAUGGUGUGAGCAAUGGUGUUGUCAACCACUCAACACCUAAACCCCUGGACAAUGCAAUGUAUUCGCAGUGUGUAUUGGCUAUGUGUACCUUAGCCAAGGAUCCAUCUCCACGCAUUGCAAGCCUUGGUAGGCGGGUUUUGGCCAUUAUAGGGAUUGAACAAGUGGUGGCCAAACCCGUAAAGUCCACUGGUAACAGUGUUCGACCUGGUGAAUCCAUUACAGCAACUCCGACUCCCAGUUUUGGUGGAUUAGCUCGGUCUUCUUCAUGGUUAGAUAUGAAUGGAGGUCACAUGCCAUUCCGAACUCCUCCUGUCAGCCCUCCUCAGCCAAAUCACUUAACUGGAAUACGGAGAGUAUGCUCUUUAGACUUCAGGCCUCAUCUAAUGAGUCCAGAUUCUGGAUUAGCGGAUCCACUUUUAGGUUCUGGGGGAACUUCUGGAGCCUCGGAACGCAGUUUUCUUCCUCAAUCAGCCAUCUACAAUUGGGGUUGUGGGCACUUUUCCAAGCCACUUCUCAUUGUCGCGGAUGACAGUAAAGAAGUACUAAGUAGAAGAGAGGAGAGAGAAAAAUUUGCCUUGGAGCACAUUGCUAAAUGCCAGCACUCUUCUGUGAGCAAGCUUAAUAAUCAAAUUGCUAGCUGGGACACCAAGUUUGAGACGGGUACAAAAACAAUCUUGCUGAAACCAUUUUCUCCUAUUGUGGUCGGUGCAGACGAGAAUGAGCAAAUCAGGGUGUGGAAUUACCAAGAGCAAAAGGAGGCUACCCUUCUCAACAGCUUCAAUAAUCAUGAUUUUCCUGACAAAGGAAUCUCCAAGCUCUGCCUUGUCAAUGAGCUUGAUGACAGCUUGCUUCUUGCUGCUUCAAGUGAUGGAAACAUUCGAAUUUGGAAAGAUUACACUUUGAAGGGUCAACAGAAGCUUGUCACUGCAUUUUCUUCAAUUCAAGGUCAUAAACCUGGGGUGCGAAGUUUGAAUGCUGUUGUGGAUUGGCAACAACAAUCUGGAUAUCUGUAUGCUUCUGGCGAACUAUCAUCCAUUAUGCUUUGGGAUCUGGAUAAAGAGCAGCUUAUUAAUUCUAUUCCUUCUUCAUCAGAUUGUAGCAUCUCAGCCCUGUCUGCUUCUCAAGUUCACGGGGGUCACUUUGCAGCUGGCUUUGUAGAUGGUUCUGUCAGACUUUAUGAUGUGCGAACUCCUGAAAUGCUUAUCUGUUCAACCCAGCCACACACUCAGAAGGUGGAAAGAGUUGUGGGGAUCGGCUUUCAACCCGGGCUUGAUCCUUCCAAGAUUGUAAGUGCAUCUCAAGCUGGUGACAUUCAGUUCCUUGAUAUCAGAAACGGCAGGGAUGCCUACCUCACGAUUGAAGCUCACCGGGGUUCACUGACUGCUUUAGCUGUUCAUAGGCAUGCCCCAAUCAUUGCCAGUGGCUCGGCCAAACAGCUCAUAAAAGUCUUCAGUUUGGAGGGUGAACAAUUAGGCACAAUAAGAUACUACCCUUCCUUUAUGGCCCAAAAGAUUGGUCCUGUUAGUUCCCUAGCCUUCCAUCCCUACGAAGUGCUGCUUGCAGCUGGUGCUGCAGAUGCUUGCGCAUCCAUUUAUGCCGACGACAACUCUCAAGCCAGAUGAGAAUUGUAAUUCUAUCCUCACGGUAUGAUAAGGCUUUCUUUCAAAAUGAAGGCAGUGCAAGUGGAUCGACUUCAAUUCCAAUCUUGCCGUUGCAUAUCACUCGGGGAUGGCAUUCGGACCAUUGUGUGAUGUAACAUUCCACUGCCCCGAUUCUUCUUCAACGUCAAUGGGUGGAUCUUGAAGCAUCGGUACGUUGCUUUCUACCGAUUGUGUAUGCUAUAAUAUUCGUUAGCCUCCGGCAGAGGGUCACAGUUGUGGGGAAUAAAUUCCUGCAUAUUUAUUGGAGGCUCUGGAAAAUAAUCUGUUAUACAGGUAAAUGCAUGUAAAUAUCCUUUUCGUUUUGGUGUGUUCAUUUUUUCCCCUUUCCCUUUGUUCGAUUUGUAAAAACAGCGCACAUUAAUUGAUCAUAAUCGUAGAUGUUGACGCGGGUAAUUAUGUUUGUGUUGAAUUCGAUAAUCUCGCGUUUGCUCAUCAUGUAAUGUAUUCUGUUGAGGUUUUAAGCCGCUUUGCCCUUGGAAUUAAUCGUCAUGUAACUUGUAAUUAACUCAUGAGUCAUUUCCCUUGUGCUUGUUCUAUGUUUUGUCC